AGCUGUUCCACGAGUAAGUAGUGAACUGCUGUACCUGAGCACGCUUAUAGGCUUGUCGUUUGAUGUCGGACGGGGAGCCGGCUCUUUGCGGAAAACUAGAUGAUGCAAACGAUGCUCGAAAUGAUAGAUCCUUAAAUGAAUCAUCACAAAAAUCUGCAACCCAUCGCGGUGGGCGGUACAUUAUUCAGGACGCCACCGACUCUGUUGAUUUUGGACUUCUUCCUGAAGGAUGGAUUCGAUUACGCCAUGGAUCUGGUUUGACCAUAUAUUUCCAUCGGUCUACUCGUGUCGUGACGGUAUCCCGCCCCUACUCAGUAGGGCCUGGGAGCGUGAGGCACCAUCAAAUCCCGGUAAGCGCCAUCCCUUGCCUGGCUUAUAAAAGGGUCCACAAUCAAGAACCUGGCAAAACUUGUAUCGAAUCAUCGGAUAGAACAAAACCGGAGCCGAUUGAUCCACUACCUCCCUCAAGCGUACUCGCUUCGUGCGAGCCUGGAUCCGGCUUCCAUUCUCCGGGCUUGCGAGGAUCUUCACAACCGCCGGUAACGACACCUUGUUCUUUCUCUACUCCUGAUCCGGGGAAUCGACAGUUGUCCGAUUCGGACCAUUACCAUCCGGAAGUAUCUGUUGCCGCUUCAGACAGAGAAGAAGGUGAAUUGUCAUCUGGCGAUGAUGAUGAAGCCUCUGCUUGGUCUCAGUCCAUAUCUAAGCGCACCUCAGAAUUGGACACGCCAUCGAAGAAAAUUCGUUUGGAGCCCCCCCACGAGAUAUCGAAUAAAUCUGGGGGUGUUAUUAGGUGUACUUCUGAAGACAAAUCAGCCUCCAUUGGAAUUAGCGUUAUCACCGUGAAACCCCAUGCGAUAUCCGGUAAACGCAGAAGACGUAGACGUUUCCCUCUUGGCGGAACGCGAGGCAGCGCUGGCCAGCAUUCUUCCGAGGCCGCAUCUGAAGAAAAUCCUUCUAAACAGACAGUGCCAGCAGCGCUCCCUCAGACAGACAAUGGAGUCAAAGAGAUGAGCGCCGUCAAAACACAAGUCUUUGCCGUCAAAGAUAAGGAGAUGGAGUGUUUAUUGACUGCGGAAGAGAUACGGUCCUAUUGCUCUCUUCUAUUUGAGAUCAAAGUUGGGGACGUUGACGGUCGCAGAAAUGCUGAUAAAAACGAAUUUGCUUCUCCCGAGAAAGAAUCCGAGGAACAACCUAACCGUGUUCUGAUGAUGCCAGAAGAAGCCAAAGUGAUUCGGUACCAAGUGUCUUCAGUCGAGGGGGAUCCUAGCCGAAGACAGUCAAAAGAGGGCCUGAUCAACUUGACUGGGAAGUCUUAUGUUUGCAUCCUGCACGAGUAUUGUCAAAAUGUCCUCCGUCGUCCUCCAACCUACCAAACAGCGGUUUUGGAGAAUGAUCGCAAUCCAUACCAGCUGACUGUCUUGAUCGACGGCACUCCUUACGCGACUGGGGUCGGACAGAGCAAGAAACAGGCUCGCCUUGAAGCUGCUCGAAAUGCUCUAUCGCGACUGAUUCCGGAUUUCGAUAAAGUUGUGGGUUCCGAACUACAGACUUCCGGACCCCCAGCUGCUUCGGAACGUAAUAUUCAGCUGUUUGAUGACAUAUCUGUGACAGAUCCUCGAAUGUACGAGUUGUCCGUCCGAAUGUCCCUCCCAACCCCAUACAACUUGCUGGUGGAAUGCCUCAGUCGCAGCUGCAUCCCCGAAAGCGACUUGAAGUCCAACAUGAGCUCUCAAAGUCGAAGCAAACAUUUCUUCAGCCUGGAACUGCGUGAACACAAGGUUAAAGUUCCCUGUAAGAACAAACGCGAGGGCCGUCAUCUGGCAGCGCAACACUUGCUCGCUCGUCUGCAUCCUGAGUUGACCACCUGGAGUGGUGUUCUUCGUAUGUAUGGCCCAGGGAGUAAGCCAGACAAGCGUGGUGAGUUGGAGACCAUACAGGGCGCACAAAAUCAGGAAAAGGCUACUGUGAAAACGAGCCUUAUUCGCCUGCUGAAGGCAAAAAUGCUUGAAUUGGCAGAUCAAUGGGUAACGCAGAUUGAACUUAGUCAGGUUAGAGGCUUCAUCUGAAUGUAGCAUGUUCGCGUUACUGGCCUGAGUUCCACAGCUCCUGCAAAUAAUGUAUCGUCGACUCGAAGAGAUUCGGAGAGGAAAAACUGUCUCACUCAUCUGGACCGGAUGUGUCAUUAUCAUCCUCCUCUUUCUUCUCCUCCUCAUCAUCAUUAUCAAUACACGGUAGCUGAGGGUGGGAAACACACUUCAGCUAACCUGCCGCCAUACAAAUAAGAUAUCAACUCUUAUAUAACACAAACCAAAAAGUAAUAUAGUGCUGAAUGUCACAUUAUGUAUGGCGCAUGAGAUCGUGGUUUGGGGAGGAAGCUAAGGAGGAACGGAUGAACGAAAAAUCUCACAGCACAAAGUUCUUUGGGGCCGGCAUUUCGCCAUGUCAGCAUGUGUUUCCAACCAAACGUGUUCAUCGUCCUUCGGCCCUCAGCUCGACACUCGGGAGACACCGAUCGACGCAAAGUUUGAAGAGAAGAAUGGUGGUAACAUUCAUCCGAAAGGCAAGUUCUUUGUCUCUCCUGACAAUCUUCCCGUGGUCACCUUUCACCCGGACUCGAAAACAGAAGUCUAUGGUUCCACCCCAGCUCCCGAGUCACCAGUUACUUCAGGAACCUAACUCCAACUGUCUCUACUUUCUCUCGACUGAUCCAUUUCGGCUCAUGUGCUUUCCGAUCCAUUUCGCAUUUACGUUACCCCUGAAUGGACUGUUUUCAAUCCAUUUUCUCGUAUCUUCCUUAGUCCCUGUGUUACAUUUAGAGUAAACUUAUUAUCUAAAUUUCCUCCUCUUGCUAUGUAAUUUGCUUUCUCAUUCUCAUCAUAUACUCACAUUACUCGAAUCAUCGGUUCC